AUGGGCAGCAUCUCGCAUCCGGACCCUGCACUGCCAGCGCCAGCCCACAUCCAGGCGGACUCGAUGCUUUCCCGACGCUUUGGCAGGGAGACAGUCAACUACUUUGGCGGUUCCCCGCUCAACCGCCUGUCGUUUCUGCGCACAGAACAUGCUUUUCUCUCCGCCGCCGUCAACCACCCUUCGUCUCGGUUUAUCCUGCUAGAGAACCUUUCCCCGCUCGUCCAGUCGCCGACUGCGAUCUUCAAGGCCCAGUAUGCAGACGUGCAGACCCUGGUCCCCUCGACGGUAUUUGACAAAUCCGAAGAGGAGAUGAUUCGAGAGUUCGACUCGCGCGUCACCAAGCCAGAUCUUGUCUUCCUGGGCAUCGACGAGACCAGCGACGAUGCCAAGGGAGACGAUUUGAUGCAGUGGAAGAUUUACAAGGGAAGGCCAUGUUUUGCAUUGGAUGUGAGUGAGAAGGGCAACGACGAGCAAAAGGCCAAGACUCGUACGCUGCUGGAUGAGCUCAAGGCAAAGGGAGUCACUCCCUACUUGUCGCGGACGCAUAUGACACUGCCACCGGAUGAGGGCGCCAUCUUUGCGCAAGCCCGAGCGUACUUGGACUGGAACAACCGCAACAAGUUCUGCGGCACCUGCAGCCAUCCCACGCUCUCAGUCAACGCCGGCACCAAACGCGCAUGCCCACCCACCGACAAGGCUCUCACUGCCGAAAACAAGAGCUCAGAGAAACCAGCCUGCUCGACCCGGACCACCAUCUCCAACCUGUCCUUCCCCCGAACGGAUCCGACCAUCAUUGUUGCUACGCUGUCUGUCGAUGGUAAGCGGAUACUGCUGGGCCGCUCAAAACGCUUUCCGCCGUAUUGGUACUCGACUCUGGCCGGGUUUAUCGAACCGGGCGAGUCCGUGGAGGACGCCGUGCGUCGCGAGGUGUGGGAGGAGGCCGGCGUGACUCUGUCGCGCGUUAUUAUUCACUCAACCCAGCCCUGGCCAUACCCGGCAAACCUGAUGAUCGGAGCCAUUGCCCAAGUUAGCGACCCAGCACACGAAACCAUCAGUCUGGCACACGACCCAGAGCUGGAAGACGCCAAGUGGUUCACCGUGGCCGAAGUCGAGGAGGCGCUGAAGAACGGCGUCAGCGCGUUGGGAGAGCCAGCUAGCAAAGACUACGUCGAGGGCAAUUUGCGACUCCCGCCGUCUACUGCGAUUGCAAAUCAAUUGAUACAGGCUGCUAUCAGCAAGGAAUAUGUUGGAGAUAAGCUUGCCAGGAUGUAG